AUGGGAUGGCACAACCCAUAUGGUGCUCAAGUUUGGUUGCAAGAGAUCAAGAAGAUCUUCAGAGUGAUAGCUUAUGUAGAUGCGCAUAAGGUCCUACUUGGUACUCAUAUGUUGGCUGAGGAAGCGGAGUAUUUGUGGGACAAUACUCGUCAGAGGCUUGAAGCUACAGGUACUGAGAUCACUUGGGAGAAUUUCAAUAUUGCGUUCCUUGAGAAGUACUUUCCUACUGAUGUUCGUAGUGAGAAGGAGAUUGAGUUCCUUGAGCUGAAACAAGGAAACAUGAUUAUUGUUGACUAUGUUGCGAAAUUGAGGAGUUGUAUAGGUUUCUCCCGCAUUGCAAUGGGGAGUGGAAGUCAUAACCAUGUAAAACCUUAUGGGGAUCCAGCUGAUAAAGGAAAGUGGAAAGCUUUAGGUGGAAGAGAGACAAGUGAGGGAGGAAAUUGUGUUCCAUUGAAAUGUUUCAAGUGUGGAAAAAUAGGUCAGCAUGCAUCUGAGUGCAUGGGUGUAAACAUGAUAUGUUUCAAGUGUAACAAGCCAAGACACCGUGCUUCUGAAUGCAAGAGUGAAGUUGUAACUUGUUUCACCUAUGGUGAUCCAGGUCACAUUAGUACUCAGUGCUAG